GUUUUGUUGGAAAUGCCCUCUUGCUUGCAAGCACUCGUCCUAGGAGCGGUGGGGAUUUACUUCUGAGCACGGCGCUCUCUGGGAUCGGGCCCUAAAGGGAACAAAAGGGUCCGGGUGGGGGGGGGCAGGUUGGGUUGGAGCGCUGAAAAGGAGAAAGAGAGCCGAGCUGAAGGUGGGCGCACGGCGAGGCGUUUUUCAGCCCACCCUCUUUGCUCAGACGCGCGUCCUUCUCGAUGCCUGUUGUCUUCCCAGGCAGACAAGCCUUCUCGGGGGCUCCGUCCAUGGGGCGGAAUUCCCAGCGCCAGAAGCCUCCGUUUGAGCUUCGCUAAGACUUGCUUCGAAGUUAGUCUGCAUUGCCCAGUAAGGGAUUUUAGUGCAUCUGGGACCAGAGAGAAAGAAAAGGUUAAGCCGCUUUUCUAAAAGGGGGACGGGUUCCGUUUCACCCUCAGGAAAAGUGUGCUAAAAGUAGAAGUGAAUAAAAUUAGCGCCUUCCAGAACUGAGUCUCAGAAUCCCCUUUGAUUGUUUUGGCAGGAACGGAACAAUAGUGUGUUAAUUAAUGCAGAGCGCAUAAUCUGGAUCUUUUGGCGCAUGACAAAUCUGGGUUAGAGAACCCCACAAUUCAAAACAAGGCUUCGAAAGAACGCAAGCAGAACCGUAUGCCCACCACUGUUUCGCGGCUUGGAUCUGUGUCAGGCGAGAGGAGCAGCCUAUUCUCUUGAAUAAUAGAUCUCUUGGAAUGAGAUCCCUUGUAGACAAUAUAAUGGGGAGGGGACCCUUUUUGAAUGAUGUGCAUGAUCCUGGAAUGGUAAAACUUUAGGAAGUGUAAUGAAUGAAGUGCUGUGUGUCAGGAGCUGGUCUUUAGGCCUUGGAAAGUAACUUUGAACAGGGUGGGCCCAGGAGUCACAGAACCCCCCAAUGGAAACUGAAAUGGAGUCUCCAUGUGCAGUCCAGCCAGUUGCCUGCCAGGAAAUGCAGCACCCGGAUCCCCCAGAGGCUUUUCCUCCACCUGUGAGGGUUCCUGAAAAGAUCCCACCGGUCAAGCCGUGUUUUAAGAAGAAGCAGCAGAUGCAGAAAAGGCUGGAUUCAGAAGCACUGAGGGCUCUGCGGCCUAUCUUCACCAGCUUGCUUGGCACGGGCACCUUGGAUGGAAUUUUUGUGCCCAGGGGACAGAAUAGUAGCCAUAGUAACCUGUGUGAACCUGUUGCAAAAAAGAACUUGGGAACUGCAGCUCCAUGUCCACAACCAGAUAACAGUGUAGCUGUCUUAGUGCCAGGAGCUCCAGCAGUUCAGGGACAACUAUCUGAUGGACAUCUUGAAGAGGAGGCCCAGUCACAGGAGCAGAGCUUCCCCUCCAUUACCUCUCCUGCUAAUGAGCCAUUCCAGGACAGCUGCUUGCAUGCUGCCUCUAAUGCUGCUGCUGCCCACCUUGCAUACCCUGGCAAGAUACUUGAAGGUUACCCAUCUGGGAUGCCCCUGAGUAACAACCAGUGCCUGCUCCAGUGUAACGGGAAUCCAGGCGAUAAGUUUGGAGCUGGUCUUUUCCAGAACAAAAGUGAAGAUGCUUCCCUUGACCUGGUGUUUGAACUUUUGAACCAGUUACAGUAUCAUACCCACCAGAAGGACGGGAUUGAUAUCUGCGUGUACUUUCUACAAGGCAUGUGCGUGUAUGGCAGUGAUUGCCCCAAGCAUCACACUGUCCUGCCAUAUCACUGGCAGGCCAGGAAGACCGCCACACAGGUGUGGCAAAGUGUGACUACCGACUCCCAGGAGCAUCUGGAGAGGCUCUACUGCAAUCCAGACAAUGACAAGGUCAAAAUGAGAUACCGAGGUCAGGAGUUUUUAGUAGACUUGAAUGCCCUGACGCUUUACGAUACAACUGAGUUUGACCGAUUGAGGAGACUGUCUACACCUGUCUGCGCAAGUACUGACUCCAACUACUAUACAGUCUGGAAAUAUUUCUGCAGGGAUCACUUUGGCUGGAGAGAAUAUUCCGAGCCUGUAGUACGGUUGAUAGAAGAAGCCAACUGCCGAGGGCUGGCAGAGGUCCGAUUUGUUACAUGGCACAAUCGUUACAUCUUGAACAUUAAAGACGGCUUCCAGCAAAACGCAUGUGUUCGAAGAGAAAUCAAGAAGCGACCUCUCUUCCGCUCCUGUGUGAUUCUCAUGCCGUUUUUGCAGACCCUUAGUGGCAGCCUGGCAGUGCCAAUGACAGAGUCCAUCCCAUCACAGGCUUUAUCCCCAAGUGCUGUUACCUCUCCCAGUUUCUAUCCAGAGACAUGGAUUAGCAUGGACCCAGCUCAGGACUUUAUCCAAGUGCCUGUUUCAAAGGAAGACAAAAGCUACAGAACCAUUUAUAAUCUGUUUCAUAAGACUGUGCCUGAGACCAAAUAUAAAAUCUUGAAAAUACUGCGAGUUCAAAACCAGUUUUUGUGGGAGAAAUACAAAAGGAAAAAGGAAUACAUGUCUAAAAAAAUGACUGGGUUAGACAAGAUAAUGAAUGAAAGACAUUUGUUCCAUGGGACCUCCCAGGAUGUGGUGGAUGGUAUCUGCAAGCAUAACUUUGACCCUCGAGUAUGUGGGAAACACGCCACCAUGUUUGGGCAAGGCAGCUACUUUGCUCGAAAAGCCAGCUACUCCCAUAAUUUCUCCAAGCGGUCACCCAAAGGGAUCCACUACAUGUUCUUAGCAAAAGUACUGACUGGAAAGUACACAGUUGGGAACCACACCAUGAGAAGGCCUCCGCCUGUGAACCCUUCCAGCAUCACCAGCGAUCUGUAUGAUUCUUGUGUGGACAACUACUUUGAACCACAGAUCUUUGUCCUUUUUAAUGAUGACCAGAGCUAUCCUUAUUUUGUUAUCCAGUAUGAAGAAGUUAGUAACACUGUCAUGAUCUGAGAGAGAGAUUCAAAUUUCCCAUUGAUAAAUUAUUGUUGUUAAUAGACUUUAAUCUGCUGUUUGUAGAAUGGUCAUCUUUGUUGGGGAGGAGAAUCCGGUCCUGGAAAUUUUAAUAAAGGUAUUGAGGAACAGGGAGGGAAAAAAUAACCAUUUUUUUAAAAAAGGAAAAAUCCUGAAAAGACCAAUUGUGCAAUUGUAAAUAUUUUCCAUUGUUUAUAGUUGAGAAGAAAAAAAAACUGUGCCUUUUGUUAUAAACACUAUUUAUGUUAGUAAAUUUAAUGUUUUAAAAACUUACUAAGGUGACCCAGUGUUAUCUUGAA